GAAAGACAGGAAGAGAGAAUUCACACUAAAGAAGCACAAGGUGUGGGGCUGAUAGAGCAAUUAGAAGCCUGGGGGAACACAAAGCAGCUAUUAGGGGAGACAGCCCCACUGAGAUGGCAAGAUUUGGAAAAAGAUACCAGAAGUCCUAAUUUAUCCAUUGGCAAACAGCCUCAGAGAGGUUAAGUUACUGGCAAGUGGUCACACAGCAGGAAAGAGGCAAAACGAGGCAGUGAAUAGCGCACAUGGGGGGAUGAUUCUUACUAAAGAUAUUGAACCCUAUUCCAGUAGUUAUUAUGAUUAUAAGGAAACUGAAGUAUUAUUUUUUAAAAACACCUUUUUGGGGGCAGAAGGGUUUCAGGCACCUCGAGCUGGCUUUCGAACUUGCUAUGUGGUCAAGGGUGAACUUGAACAUCUGAUCUUCCUGCUUCCACCUCCUCAGUACUGAGAUUACAGGCCUGUGCUACCUCACCCAGGUUUGCACGGGGCUGGGGUUCAAACUCGGGGCUUUGGGAACACUAAGAAGCAUUCUACCAACUGAACUACAUCCCAGGCCCCUUUUGCAUAUUUUAAUUUUUUUAACUGCAUAUAUGUAUAUCUGCAGUUGCCUGCAGAAUCCAGGAGGGGGUGUUAAAUCUAUUUGGGGCUGGAGUAAUUAAUUCUCCGUGGCCUGAUGUAGGUUCUGGGCACUGCACUUGGAUCCUCUGGGAAAGCAGUAAUCACUCUUAACUGUGCAGUCUUCCAGUCCCUCAAGUCUCUUUAAAUGACUGUUAAUAUGGCCAGGUGGUGUGGUGUAUGCCUUUGAUCUCAGCACUCAGGAAGUAGAGGCAGGUGGAUCACUGUGAAUUUGAGGCCAGCCUGAACUACCUAGCAAGUUACAGGACAGCCAGGGCUACACAGUAAAACCCUGUCUCAAAAGAAUUAAUAAUAAUAACAAUAAAAGGUGCUUUGGGUAUUCCACGCUACAACUGGGUAUACUGAGGCACUAGGGUAAAUGCACACACAGAGUGCUUAUUGACAGAACCUGACAGAGCUUGGCCAGUAUGCAGCUUUUCAAAGUCUAGCUGCUAGACUGAAGCCAGUUCUGCAGAGAGGGCAUUCUCAGUAUCUGUGGUCCUUGCCUGGCACCCCCUUGGGCUGAUGAGACAUUUUUAAACCUGCCACAUUAGCAUUCAGUCAGAAUAAAAAAAUGCAGGAAAAGCUCAAUUCUCCCAUGGGAUGCCAGAGUACGUGUGGCCCCUGCUUGUGUAAUAAUUACAGAUAGAACACACUUGAGAAGAUAUUGCUUAGAAAAUAAACUAAGAUUUGAUUGGAUAAGAAGUUCAGCCCCAAAGGUGCUCCUGACAUGAGGGAGGGCUGAGAAACACAGAUUUGUUUUCAGGCGUGGCCAGAGAGGAAAAGCAGUCUGUCAGAAGUGUGGGUUUGAAAGAAAAAAAAAAAAAAAGGAGGCUGGGUUUGCAUCUGCCCCCUAUAUCAAUUUUGGGACAGUCCUUUACCAUCUCUAGCCCUCAAUUUCUUCUCCUUUUGAUUGACAGUGGAAAAUGCCAUCAUCGAGGGUGGCUGUGAUGAUUUCGCAUAGAUAAAAGAACACGAAGUUCAAGAGGAGGGCUGAGCGUGAGGCCAGGGCUCUGGGCUUAGUCAUCCAGGAGAGCCGUUGGAGAGGCAGCAGCCUGCUGAUCUCCAGCACAGGGGAGACCCUCACUAACUAUUGACAUAGUUACUGAGAGCUGCCUAUGAGCUGCUUCAGUGCAAUAGCUGGGACCCCAGCCUCAUGACCAGGUCAGCCACCUGUUAUCUCAGAGCCACCUGAGUCGUUCAAUCCACUCAGAGGCUGCAGAGAAGGCAGGAGCUUCACCAGCAGACUGCAACGAGGGAACUUCUCCUGGAAGAGCCAGGAAGCCUUUGAUCUUGCUUCCAGAAAGAAGAGAGGGUUGAGUCCAGCAGGACCACAGGAGAUCCACUUGGACACUUGCGGCCAAGGUUCUGAUCUCCACGGUCGCGGUCUCUGACCACACACAUUACAACCUUACCUGUCUUCAGAGCAGAGUCCUUUCCAACCGACGACAUGAUAGAACCCUCUGAAGACUCAUUUGAGACGAUGAUGGAGCUUAAUAAUCCAUCAUCAAAACAAAUGGAGUCCUCCGAGGGCUCAUCCAACACCGUUGAGGAGACACCAGGCAGCAGCGGGGCACAGGCGCAGGCAGAGGCGGGCUCAGACAGUGGCCCAGCCCAGGAAGGAAAAGAACCACCCAGUGGCUCGACCCAGGAAAUGCAAGAGCUGCCCAUUGAUCUAUACCAAAACUUGGAGGAGCCAUUCAGUGGCCUGUAUGAGGAACGAGAGAAGCUGCCCACUGAUCUUCUCCAAGACAUGGAGGCAACCAGUGGCCCACGUGAGGAACGAGAUGAGCUGCCCACUGAUCUACUCCAAGAGUUGGAGGAGUCAUCCAGUGGCCCAUGUGAGGAACGAGAGAAGCUGCCCACUGAUACACUCGAAAACAUGGAGGAACCAUCCAGUGGCCCAAGUGAGGAACGAGAGAAGCUGCCCACUGAUACACUCAAAAACAUGGAAGAACCAUCCAGUGACCCAUGUGAGGAACAAGAGGAGCUGCCCACUGAUACACUCAAAAACAUGGAGAAACCAUCCAGUGACCCAUGUGAGGAACAAGAGGAGCUGCCCACUGAUACACUCAAAAACAUGGAGAAACCAUCCAGUGACCCAUGUGAGGAACAAGAGGAGCUGUCCACUGAUACACUCGAAAACAUGGAGGAACCAUCCAGUGGCCCAAGUGAGGAACGAGAGGAGAUGCCCACUGAUUCACUCGAAGACGUGGAGGAACCAUCCAGUGGCCCAAGUGAGGAACGAGAGGAUCCACCCAGUGACCUACUCCAAGACAUGGAGGAGUCAUGUGAUAGUUCACACGAGGAAGGUGAGGAUCCACUCAGUGAGAUUGCUAUCUCAUCUGAUGGCAUAGAUUCAGUGUUUGUCAACUCAUCUGAGACCCAGACAGAGCAAGGAGAUGAGACUGACCUGGAAGAUGAAGAAGAUGAGGAGAACCUUGAAGAGGAGGGUCAGCCCGGGAGCUCUCCGGAACAAGUCAUGGCCACAAUGGAGUCCAUCAUCUCGGUGUUCCUCCGAAUGCAAGACAUUGAACACCAACAGAGAGUAGCAGAGAGGAUCUUGAUGCAAGCCAUCGAAGAAGGCCGGCUUCCCAAACUCAGGCACUUCUCUGGAGAUCGCAGAGAAUACCAUGAGUUCAUUGUGCUCUGUCAGAUGACCCUACAGAACUACCCAUCGAUGUUGCACAAUGACCAGCUACGGGUGAAAUUUGUCAUGUGUCAUCUGUCUGACCUAGCCUUAGAAUGGGCCAACAGCCUGGUAGAGCAGAACAGCCCCCUACUGAACAACUACUCAGGCUUCAUUGAGGCUAUGUCAGAAAUGUUUGAGUACAGGCAGACGCUGCGCGUGGCAGAAGACGCCAUGUUCAAUAUCAGGCAGGGGAACCGCGGUGUUGCCGAAUACAUCAAUGAAUUCCAGAGUCUAAUACCCACCUUGGGCUGGCCAGAUGAAGUCCUGCAGGCCCACCUGUGCCAGGGGCUCAAUGAAGACAUCAGGCAUUAUCUGUUUCGAAUCCCCCAGCCGGAAUCCCUGGAGAACCUGAUGGUGCUCGUCCUGCAAAUUGAAGAUAAGCUGGCAGAGAGAAGGGCAAUACUCAGGCUGCCCCCUGAGGCCCGCCCAAGGAACAUGAUCUGGCUUGACCCACCUGCCCCAGAGAAGUGGAGUGUGAGCAGCUGGCUGCCCAAUGCGUUCCAUCCAAACAUCAAUCGUGCCCACCUCUUCCUGCUGCUCAUGGUGAGAGUGAACCCCUACCACAGUGUCGCAGUGCAGGCCCUGGUGGACUCAGGAGCAGAAGGGAACUACAUGGAUGAGAAGUUUGCCCAAGAACACUACGUGGAGCUCUAUGAGAGACCCUAUCCACAGGCAGUCCAAACCGUGGAUGGCUCCCUGAUCGGCAAUGAACCCAUCUGGCUGUACACUGAACCCCUGAUGUGUAUCCAGCAGAAUCAUUGUGAGUACAUCGAAUUUGACAUCGUACCUUCACCCCACUUCUCUGUGGUCCUUGGCAUCAAGUGGCUCCGUACCCAUGCACCUGAAGUUGACUGGAUCAAAGGCCGUUGUACCUUCCACUCGCCCUACUGCCUGAAGAAUUGCUUCCACCCACCCCCACCAUGCAUCGCACUGGAGAAAGUUAGCAUGGCCAUGCUACCCGGAUUGCCGCAAUUGUAUUCAGACCUGGCCGACGUGUUUAACCCGAAGGAAGCAGAUGAUGAGACUUCCGACCAGCCAAGCUCAGACGGAUCCGAUGAUCUUUCUGAAUCAGAGCCCUCUGAGCUUCAGCAGGCUGGAGACAGUGAUCACAACGACGUCUUUUAUGAGAGUUCUUCCAAGAGGCCUUGUCAAUCUGUGAGUGCCAAGAUGCAAGAAAAAGCCAGGCAGCAAGAGCAAUACUGGAUACUAUAUGACAUGCUGAAUGACAGACAGGACUACAUACAGAUGAUGCCAGAACUGUUUGAGCAGUUACAUGGAGCUACAUGGUUCACAAAACUGGAGCUGCGAGACAUUGCUAAGGAACCCAGGGUGGACUACAGCCUCACACACACAGAAGACACAUGGAGAGCAACAUUUGGUUUGAGCCCUUACCAGAUGAGAUGCUACCGGCCCUUCACAAUAGACUCAUACGCUGAUGACUGUGAUAAUGAGAUUCACUUUAUUCUAAAAGACAUCCUAGGCUUCUAUGUGAUUGCCCAUGGCCGAGAGCUCCUGAUCUACUCUAUGAGCCAGGAGGAACACUUUGAUCAUGUCCGCCAAGUCCUGCUCCGCCUUCGCGGUCACAAUAUCCACUGCUCCCUGGACAAAAGCCAGUUCCAUCGCCAGACCGCAGAAAUCAUGGGUUUCGCCCUAUCCCCCAAAGGGGUGAAACUGAACAAGACCAUCAUGAACCUCAUCAUGGGGUGUACUGCCCCCAGCAACAGGAAGGGCCUGCAAACCGUUAUCGAACUCUUCUAUCCCUACCGCCAUUUCGUGGAGCACUUUGCCAUCAUUGCAGAGCCCCUGGUGAGGCUGCUGCUGAGCACAGAGACCUACUGCUGGGGAGAAGAGCAUCAGGAAGCCUUAGACUGCCUAAAGAGGGCUUUCCGAAAGGCGCCCAUUCUGUACCACCCCAAGCAUCAGAACCCAUUCUACUUGGAAACAGGCAUCACUGGGUCAUUCCUAUACGCCUCCCUGAUCCAAACUGAUGAAGAAACCGGCAAAAAAGCUACCUGCGCUUUCUACUCACGACAUCUUUCCCCAAUCGAGGUGGAGUACCCUCAAGUGGAGAUGAGGAUCCUUCCAAUCCGGGCUUCCUUGAUAGUGUGGUGUCGCUACCUGGAGAACACCGAGGAGCCCAUCAUGAUCCUUCUCAACACAGAGGAUCUAGCCUCUCUGAAUAAUGACAGGCUCACCGUACUUCUCCCCGGGCAUUGGCUCUUCUUCUUCUCUCACUUCCAUUUUGAUGUGAUGGAGCUGCCUGAUGACGAUGACCCCCGAGCUCUGUCCCGUAGAAAUCCAAACCAGAGAGCCGUGAAAGGCAGAUACAUGAGGCCACUGAUGCUUCUUGCCCUGAGGGCAAACCAAAGGGACUCGUUCUCUGAUUCUGAGUCUGAGACCGAGACUGAGACUGAGUCCAAGGACAGUGACGACGAGUCAGACCCGGAAUGGGCAGAAUUGAAUCGGCAGGCCCUGGUGCAGGAGGUGCUCUCUAACAUCCCGAUAGAACAUAUCCUCAACAGCCUCCUGACCCACUUCAGCAGGGUCCAGAUCCGGUCCAUUGUCCUACACUUCUUCCGUGGCCUGCUCUACUGGAAGAGUGUCCUGGGUGUGGCGUCCCUCCUGGCGAUGAUGAGGGUGACGCAGCCCCUCUCCCCACUGCCUGCCCCCUCUUUGGAGGUGGCCAGGCCUGAGCCCCGACACACACUCCGGCUCAUCCUGGACUCAAGCCUCAUUGCAGGUAGUGGCAUGGCCACAGCCAUCACUCAGUUGCUCAGCCAGAUGCCCCCUGUAGCGCGGGCCAACACCCUCCCAGCUCGAGAGCUGGCUGAACUAUACCUGAGUCCCAGGUGCUGGCAUCGGAAUGCCCUGCAUUCCCAGCCCCCACGGGGCCUGCGAUUCACCCCAGGGUUCUGGUUGACCCUGUGUGAGUUCUUCGGGGUCAGAGUCAACCCCGAGGAGGACAUCUUCCCGGACCCACACCAGCAACGAUACUUAGAGCUGCACGUCGUUGGUGAUGAAGAUGUCGUCUUGCGAGAAGCCCUGCAAGACGACCUGCAACGUUACCGUCAGUGUGGCCUGCAUGACGGCCUGCAAGACACCUCGCAGGACGCGCAGGACAACGACGUGCAAGAAGCCCUGCUUGGCGACCAAGAAGCGGUCACCUUCCGCCCGCGAAAUCUGAUGGACCCAGAGGUCCUAGAUUUCCUCAACAACCGCCUACUCUACAUUCUUGGUGCCGAUGGCCGGCUUACUCUGCUCAGCAGAGAUGAGGUGGCUCGGGCCCUCACACGAUUCCUGACCAUGGCCUCCAGAAUGGCCCUACUUUCCCCAGCCAGGGAACAGGCAAGGCUAGAAGCACUGUCAGACUCAUCAGAUGAUGAACUUGACUGAAAACACAACAAAGUUGAUGCCAUCCUCCCUUGUGCCUCAGCUAGCUUUGCUCAAAUCCAGUGCCCCCUCCUGCCACUCCUGACCCAAGGGGAACCCACUUGUGAAGGGCCACAACUUCAACUCAUCCACCAGCAACAUCAUCUGUGUUCAAGGACUAGCCAACUAUCAGCGUCCCAGAACCAGCCAAGACUGUGCAACCCUGUCCUAACUGUCCAAGACUGUGUGCAACCCUGUCUUAACUGUCCAAGACUGUGCAGCCCUGUCCUAACUGAACGGGCCUCAGACCCACAGCCGGCAGUGAGAUCAUUGAGAGGAGGAAGCAGUGAUGAGCAACAAUGACCCUGUCACCCCAGGCCAGAUGCAGAGCAGACAUAGCGGGUGCAGCCAAGCAAGCAGAUGCCAGGGAGCCCCUCCCCACCACCACCUGAGUGGCGUGUGGCCACCUGUGCAUCCUGGGACACUGACCUCGGGUGCUCCACUGACUUCUACCUCCGCACCGGUGCUCCAACUCCCCUGGGCUCCAUCCCCACCCCCUCCCAGCCUCCCGAGGUACUGUGGUGCCGUGCCUCCCAGCCCACCCCGCAAGCAAGCAAGCCCACCCCACACUACCCAUCUGGUCUGGCUCCCUUGACACUUCAUCUGACCCUGAACUCUGAACUUACCUGAGCAGAGCUGCUCUGCAGGGCAUCCGACGUACCAGUGCGACUUACCUGAUAGACUUGCCCACCUUGAAGGUCCCUGAGACUCAGGGACUACCAGAAAAGGUGGUAGCACCAGGUGGGGCUCCCGUUCCCAAAACUGACAGCUGGACAGUGCAGGGGCCAGAGACCCCACAUAAAGGAGGGAGCCCCCAAGGACACUGGUGAAGCCCCAGACACCCAGCCUGCUGUGCCAAGGAGCCCAGAGUGCUCUGUGCAGACCACUGCUCUUUGUCAUGGGAAGGAGCACCUUCCUAUUCUUUCCAUCCCACUUCUGCUUUUGCCCCACAAAUAAAGAGAAUAAAAGAUUA